AUGCAUGGAAUAGUUAAGGCAGCUGAAGCUCUGAUUGGUUGUCCAGAGGUCAUUGAAGGGUCGUAUGAGAAGGGCUCCACCUAUUGGUGUAUCUUCUGUUCCUGUGAUGUUCCCCGGCAUGCACAGGAUGGACUCGUUACACUCAAAUUGGCAAUGUUUAUUGAACACUUGUGCAGUGCCUCCCACAAACAAGCCUCCAUCAAAUACUACCGCACACACAAUGGCGAUCCAGAGAAGAUAAAACAGCGCCUGGUCUUCUCCGACGAGGACUACAGCCGGUUCAAGACCAACCUAACUGAAGCCCUGGACCAGUUUGAAAACAAGGCUCAUGCAGAUCUACAAGAGAGUGCAGCCAAGAUCCGAAGACUAGAGAAAGAACAUUUACAACAUACCCAAGACACUCCACCACAGCCUGAUCAUCCCCAGUCAAAGUCACCACAAGGUCGUUCAUCAGAUUGGAAUUCAGAUAUGCAAGCAAGAACUUCUGACCAGCAGCAGCAGCAGAACCUCAGAGGGGUGCAGAUCUUAGGGAGAGUUCGAACCAAAGGAGUCAUUUCAUCAGGCGGACUCACAUCCAUUUCUACAAAUACUAAGCAGGCUUCCACUGAAGGCAACAUUCACACUGGUGCCCCGCCCCCAUGGCUAACAGCAGACUCUCAUGAUGCAGGGACGUCAAGUGUGAUUGGACCGGUAGAAGAUGACUUCAUCAAACAUCUGAAGAGGGAGAAAAAGAAAAAGCUGAAUCCAAACCGAGUCGGAGCCAAUUUUGAUCAUUUGACUCCGACCAACGAAGAAUGGCUGCCUUCAUUCGGCAGGGUGUGGAACUCGGGAAGGAGGUGGCAGUCAAGACACCAGUACAGGAAAGAGAAGAAAGAUGAAGGAAGACAGAGGAGAAAAGCACCCCACACGGAAAGCAAGCCACCUUGAGACUCGGAAAUUAUACUAUUUUGUCACUUUGAAAGCUAGUUGGUGGCAGCAGGGAUAGUGACUUUCUGUUUACCUGUAAAUGGAACAUCUGGGCUUCGUCUUACAAAGAGUUACGAUUGAUCCAAUAAAUCGUAACUCUAUGGAAAUCCAUCAGUGUCAUAAUUCCUUCUACAGAAAAUUUGCAAAAUGUCCUUUGUAAACAAAGGCGAUCACACCAGAUUGUCAAGAAAACGAUGAAUGUAUGAAAUACAUUAUAUCUAGAAAACAUUUUGAACCAACAUGCAUUUCAGAUGUGGGUGUUGCUGGCUUUCCAUACUUGAGAUUGAUCAGAUCACUCGCAACUCUUUUGUGAGAUGGGGCCUUGCUUUGGUUCUUUAAUUUUCAUAUGAAAAUUCAUGAAUUUACAGAAUUUGUGUUUUUGAUGUGCACAUGUUCUAUGACAAAAUGGAAUUUCUAUUUUUGAUCAAGUUUGAAAUGGUUUUGCAGGUAUUCAGAAAAAGGAACAGACCAUGUUUUAAAACAGAAAAUCACUGUCCCUAAAUAUGUCAAGUUCACAUUAACCAAAAAGUUGAAAUUAAAUUUCUAAAAAUUCAUAGCCCUGUUGAUCUGACAGAAUUUCAUCGAGCCCUCACCAAUAUUUCUUUUAAUUUUUUUCUACUUUUAUUAAAACCAAUCUAUUGUAACUAGAGACUAAGAGUGCACUUCCACUAAAAUGAAAAUGUCUUUUUUUUGCAUCUUAUUUUAUUCAAAUCGUCUUGCUGUUAAGUAUUGACUUGACCUUUAUACUGUCACACUAAAAUACAAUGGACAUUUAAUAAAUAAGCUUCAUGUACAUGCUAAUAAAAGAGACUUACACUUUGAUUAUUUUAAAAA